CGCCCCAGGACUUUCCAACGACGCUCUUCUCUGCAAACCACAUUCGAUUCACAUUACUAUGGGCAGCUCAUCUUCCCGCUUAUUGCGCCGUUCAAGUCGCCAGCGUGUUGGCAAGGGCAGCAGUGGGGACCACGAGGCACACAAGGAGCAUCAGGCCUUCGUCGCCGAUUCGAAGUCUGGGAUUGAAGAUCUCAUGUCUAAGGAAGAUACCAAUGUCCAGGGCGUGGGCGGUUCGAAGGGAUCACAUCUUCAUAGUCCGUCUCAAGGAUGCUCCUCCAACGUGCCACAGGAAACAGAAUGGUCCGAGCCACCACCAUCUUAUACCGAGAUCUACAAUUCUCGCAAGAAAAACUAUGAUACUCUCAAGAGGCCCAUGCGCCAGGACAGCAUACGUAGGGCAUUGGAUAUCUUGCGUGACUUCGACACUGUGAUUAUCGUUGACGAUUCGGAGUCCAUGUCGUGGGAGAAUCGCUGGCAGGAGACCGAAAGUGCCCUCGGUACACUGGCGGACGUAGCUUCGCAGUACGACACCGAUGGAAUAACGAUCUGUUUCCUGAACAGCAGAGUGCGCAAGGAUGAUGUUACAAGCUCGCAGCAAAUAAUGGAGGCUUUCAGUGAAGUAACGCCGCAGGGUGCGACACCCAUGGAGUCAAGAUUGCAGCAAGUACUGCGUGAAUACUUCCAGAAAUUGAGGGUUGCACUUGAAGUUGGCGGAAUGGAGAAUGUCCAGAGGACCAUAAAACCUGUCAACUACCUCGUCCUUACGGAUGGGGAGCCUUCGGAUGAUCCUUUGGCGGUGAUCAGGCGUUAUGCCCAAGAACUGGAAGACCAUCACUAUCCAAUGACGCAGGUUGGCAUUCAAUUUGUGCAGAUUGGCAGAGACAAAGCUGCCACAGAGUACUUAACAAAACUGGACAAUGAUCAACAGGAUCCAAAUCUCAGACUGAGUCGAGACAUAGUCGACACCACACCCUUCGUCGGACAACUCAAUGCCUCAAUGCUCACGAAGAUCAUGCUCGGUGGAAUUCAUCGACGAGUGGACGUGGAUGGUGCAAGGGCUGUCACCUAAG